AUGAGAAUAAAUAUCUUAAAAGGUCAUCCAAACUCUUUAACAAGUAAUAUUACAAUACCAGAGCUAGAAAAUUGUUAUGAAUAUAAUGAAGAAAUUUUGUUAAAUUCAUCCAAAGCAUUUAUUAUGCUCGUGUAUAAUGAAGGAACAGCAUCAGCUGAAAUUCAGGAUGUAGAUAUGUCAGAGGUAGUGGAAGAUGAAGGUGAAGAAACCUCUAAUCUAAUAGGGGCA